ACGAAUAUAGGAGCGAGGGGCCAAGACGACGGGAGGAGCAUGGUCCGGUUCAACGCGAUCGUGGGCCAUGAGAUCGUGAGCUCGGGUGGCUCCAAGCACACGGUGUACAUCCUCGAAGUCCAGAUCGACAACAUGAGCUACGUCGUCAAGCACCGAUACCAUGAGUUCAAGGAGCUCCACGACACGCUCGUCAAGGAAGGCUACAAGUGCACGGCCGUGCCGCCCAAGAAGUUCAUUGGCAGCCUCAACCCCGAGUUUGUGCACAAGCGCCAGCUCGAGCUCAGCGUGUGGCUCCAGCAGCUCUGUGCGUGGGACCCGACGUCGCCGUACCCGAACCCGCACAACAGCGAAGCGCUCAAGGUCUUCCUCCUCGAGCACAAGGAGCCGCGGACGACGCCGCCCUCGGACACGAGCGCCAACUGUGUGCCCAAGCCGCAGGCCGCGCCCAAGGUCGAGUACGUCUCGAAGGCCUCGUCCGAGCUCGACGACAGCGCCGAGUUUGACAAGGAGGCCAACAUGGAGGACGAGAUCACACUCUACAACACGCCCAAGACGCGCCUCGAUGACUUUGAGCUGCUCAAGGUCAUUGGAAAAGGGUCGUACGGCAAGGUGACGCUCGUGCGGAAGAAGGACUCGAAGAAGCUGUACGCGAUGAAGACGUUGAGCAAGCCCAACGUCAAGCGACGCAACCAGGUCGAGCACACGCGCACGGAGCGCCGCGUCCUCGGGCUCACCAAGCACCCGUACAUUGUGCACUUGCAUUACGCGUUCCAGACCACGCAAAAGCUCUACUUUGUCAUCGACUACUGCCCCGGCGGCGAGCUCUUCUUCCAUCUCUCGCGCAUGGAGCGUUUCUCCGAGAGCAUGGCCUGCUUUUACGCCGCUGAGAUUGUCCUCGCCCUUGACCAUCUGCACCAGCUCGGAGUCGUCUACCGGGAUCUCAAGCCCGAAAACAUCCUCUUCGACGCGACGGGCCACGUCCUCCUAGCCGACUUUGGCUUGGCGAAGGAAGGUAUCACGGACGGUGCAGAAGGCACCAACUCGAUGUGCGGGACGCCCGAGUAUCUCCCGCCCGAGAUCCUCGACCGCGUCGGUCACGGCACGUCGGUCGACUGGUGGGCCCUCGGUAUGGUGCUCUACGAGAUGCUCACGGGCCUCCCGCCGUGGUACACGCGCAACCGCCAAAAGCUCUUUGACCGUGUCCGGAACGCGCCUUUGACGUUCCCCGACUAUGUCUCGGCGCCGGCGCAGUCGCUGAUUGCGGGCCUCUUGAACCGCAACCCGACCGAGCGCCUCGGCAACAAGAGUGCCAAGGACAUCCAGGUGCACCCGUUCUUCGCGACCAUCAACUGGGAUGCGCUCUACGCGCGGGAGCUGCCGCCGCCCUUCAACCCGUGCGCCAACAUCAACCUCGAAGAGACCAAGAAUUUCGAGGCCGAGUUUACGAAAAUGCAGCUCAACUCGGUGCCGGACGCGACCGUCAUGGGCGGCUCGUACAACCGGUCGUCGGACGUGCGCGGCUCGAUCACGUUCCAAGGCUUCACGUACAACACGCCGAGCGACAUGAACAACAUGGGCAUCGAGUCGACGCGCGGCUCGACGCUGACUCAAUUUUAAAAAACACGUUUCGAAUCCAACAGUCGUCCUCGUGCAUGUCC